AACCGUGAGAGGCAAUCGGGUAAACAAUCCAGUAAUCUUGUUUUCCCCGCUUUACUGGGGCCCUUUGUUUCACAUAUUUAGGUUUGAUACAUAGCAGAGGGAGUAGCAUAGUGGUAGGGACAAAAGUUGCAACAUGUUUUCAAUAGCAGGGACAAAAGCUGUAGUAUGUUCUUGAUAUCAGGAACUAGGAUAGGGAGGUUGGCGGGGAGAGAAGUAUAGAGUGUACCUAGGAUCCUGUGGAGGCGGGAAAAACAUCUAGCCUUGGCAAUGACCUUUAUGCUUGUACAAGCUGUUUCUGCUUAUAAAAAGAAGGUGAGAAAAUAAACUCGGCGCGCAGUCUUGAACUGUUUGCCCUCCCGGGAACUAGUGUGUCUGUGUUUUUUAAUCCUCACCCCCCUUUUCAGGUACCGUUCAACUGUAGUGCCGGCAGGCUCCGGCAGGUGGCGCCCGAACAGGGACCUGAACACAGGGGAUUCGGUGAAGGAGCACCGCGGUAAUAAGAGAUUGUGGGGAGCCAGUAGUUCCCGCACUUAUGCUCAGGACGCCGAGGGGCCGCGCUGGUUACCAGAGAGGCUGGUUCGCCACGCAACAGUCCAGACAUCCGAGAGGGAGGACCAGGACCCAACAGGAGGGUCAGAUAACGAUACUGCUCCAGCAUGAAGCGUGGGGUGGUGUUGCUCGUUCUUCUAGCCUGGUGCUACCAUCUGAUAUACGAGAGCAUUCAGUACCUUGGGAACGGUGCUACACCAAUCAAGCUGUUGCCUUCCCGAUCCAGGGCACCAACUCAUCCAUCAUCAACUGGUCCGUCUUCAACAAGACCAGUUGGACUCAAGGACUCUAUGAGGGACUCUGGAGCGUGGCUGGCGGUCCAAUCCAGCUACUACUCUGGAAAUUGGCUACUGCUCUGAGCACGGUCACAGCCGUGGUGACCUAUCCGUCUAGUGAUAAGAAUAAGAACUGGACUGCGAGCAGCUGGACAGUUAAUGUGACUGCCUGUGUGCCAGAGCCUUAUGCCUUGCUAGUGGGGAAGGUGAAUAUUUCCCAUCAAAGUCAGACCUUUAAUGUUACUUGUGUAAAUUGCCUGUUAACCAAUUGUAUUGCUAAUGUACCUUGGGGAGAACAGGUGGUUGUUCUCCACCAGCCUGCCUUUGUAAUGGUCCCGGUAAAUCUCUCUGAGCCCUGGUAUAAUGAUCAUUCCCUCCAGGUGUGGAGGGAGGUGACCUCAGCCCUCAGCAGACCCCGGAGGUUCAUUAGGUUGCUGAUAGCCGGUGUCACGGCCUUGAUAACCCUAAUUGCCACGGCUGCAGCUGCUGCUGCGGCCCUUACCCAAGAGGUACAAACAGCUCAUUUUGUCAAUGAUUUAUCCAAAAAUGUUAGCACAGCCUUAGGGACACAAGAGGCGAUUAAUAGAAAGAUUGAGGAGAAGCUCAAUGCUUUAUAUGACAUGGUUAUGUACCUGGGGGAAGAGAUAGAUGGGUUAAAGGUAAGGAACAAAUUACAAUGCCAUGCUAACUAUCAAUAGAUAUGUGUUACGCCUCAGCCAUACAACCAGUCCGUACAUGGCUGGAAUAAGGUAAAGGCUCAUUUGUCAGGGAUCUGGCACAAUGCUAACGAAUCCAUAGACCUACUGAAAUUACAUGAGGAGAUCCUAGGUCUGCAAAGUACAGACCCCCUUAAGGUAGAUGCGGCAGAAACCGCCAAGGACUUUUUAAAUCAGCUUAUGCGCAUGGUCCCCUCCACCUCUGACCUUCAACAUGUGGCCCUUACCGUAGCCCUAGUAGGGGCCGUGGUGGUAGGGCUAGCGUGCCUUUUGCCUUUUCUGGUACGCAGAGGAAUCAGCGCUUUGACGCUUCUCCAAGCAGGCCUACAUGAGGUCAAGCUCAAGGCCGGCCCACAAGGGCCUCUACAUGUUGUAUAGAAUCAUAUUUUUAAGCUUGAUUGCCUCCAUGGGAAGCAGACAGGUAGUCAGAGUGCUGCAUCUCGCCGCAAGGCGAGACUGGGUACUGGCUAGGUGCAGAGCAAAGCAUCUGCAAGGGAAGGCCCUAUAGUAACUGGCCGUCUCUGACUUCCUCUGAAGGUAUGUCUGAUUUGCAUAGAGGUUGGUAUCAUCUAAAAUAGACAUAGUAAGAAAAAGGGCUCUGCCUCUCCUCCCCAAAAGAUACCAAGAGCCUGAGAGUGGCUGAUGAGCCACGGGAGGAAUCAGACCUCUACUUCCCUAGCCAGUUAAAGCCCACCCCGGUUCUUUUAUUAUAAAGGAAAGGGGGAAAUGUGGGAAACCGUGAGAGGCAAUCGGGUAAACAAUCCAGUAAUCUUGUUUUCCCCGCUUUACUGGGGCCCUUUGUUUCACAUAUUUAGGUUUGAUACAUAGCAGAGGGAGUAGCAUAGUGGUAGGGACAAAAGUUGCAACAUGUUUUCAAUAGCAGGGACAAAAGCUGUAGUAUGUUCUUGAUAUCAGGAACUAGGAUAGGGAGGUUGGCGGGGAGAGAAGUAUAGAGUGUACCUAGGAUCCUGUGGAGGCGGGAAAAACAUCUAGCCUUGGCAAUGACCUUUAUGCUUGUACAAGCUGUUUCUGCUUAUAAAAAGAAGGUGAGAAAAUAAACUCGGCGCGCAGUCUUGAACUGUUUGCCCUCCCGGGAA